AUGUACACUCUGACAGGAGAAGUAAAUGGCACGCGGUCUCCUCCAAUGAAGAAGCCCGGCAAAGAAAACAACUACCAGUACAUCAAGGAAAUAGCCGUGAACAAGCAUCACAACAACAAGAGGACCAGGAUGUACAACACUCAAGAUGAUCCCAAAACACCUCAUCCCAGACAGAGCCAGUGUCAACAGGAGCUGGAUAAAGUGUUGGAGAACAUCUCCCGAAUGGCGUUCCAUGACAACAAGGGACCUCUGGAGAAUCUUUAUGACCUGAAGUUCCCCAACUGUGACAAGACAGGACAGUACAACCUUAAACAGUGCCACAUGUCCACCCACGGACAGAGGGGCGAGUGUUGGUGCGUCAACCCCUACACUGGUGUCCAGAUACCCUCGUCCGAUAAAGUGAGGGGGGACCCCAAUUGCAGCCAAUACUACGGCGGUCCCGAGCUGGAACCACCCACCGCCCAGCAGAAAUAGAUGCACUCUUGCCCAUAAGGGAGACGCCCUGGGUUGCAAUUGAGCGGAGUUAAAGCGACUGCAAGAGCGAUGUGCAUGUGUGUAAUUCUGUACUUGUAUGUGUGUGUGUGUAUAUUUUCGAAAUAGUGUGAUCUGUAUUGUCAGUAGGAGUGUGGAAAGUCACAUGCCAGCAAAGACAAGUCAAGGACAGGUAUAGUUAAAGCUCCCACUUUUCAAAUCCAGAUAUCUGGACUCCAAAUUUAACUCUGAGUGAUUGUUUUUUCGGCCUAUUUAUAGGCUUUGUCCGGUGCCUUUUAAUCUUGUGACUAAAUCUGGUUGCAGGGAGUCGCUUAUACAGCAUUUGCAGCUGUUCAUUGUGAAGAUGCGCCUGUUUAAUUCUGCCCUUUGUUUUUGGAGACCCAAUAAAAAUGGUGGCAUGUUUAAUGCAUCGUUGGUCAACAGAAACAAACCACGGCAAAUGCACAAGAGUAGCAACUUGAUAUUGAUUUAAAAGAUUAUUUAAAACCAAAAAUUGUCACUGGUUGAUGGUAGUGUUGUCACGAUACUGGAAUUCGAUACCAAUCAGUAGUGAAAUUUUAAAAACAUCCUAAAUGUUCUUAAACAGCACUGAUUUGCCAUUGUGUUCAUGUGCUCUACAGAAAUGAUUAUGAUUGGCCAUGAAGGUCAUCAGUUCACCGAACUCACCACUGUUUACUGCGUAUAACCACAGAUACAGGGACACUGGAAUGUUUUAAAGCUGCGAUUCAUAAGCGAAUCGCUCGUAUGUCAACCAGCUAAACAAAGUGACUUUGAAAUGUUCCAGUGUCCUUGUCUCUGUGGUUACACUCAGGCCCUGGUUACACUAAUACGUUUUAGUUUUAAAACACAAACGUUUUGCUACGGUUACACCUUCUGUACACACUGCCACAAUUUUCGAGCCACAAAAAUGGAGCGUUUUGGAAACGCUGAAUAGGCUGUUUUGGUUUUAAAACGCUGCUGCUCUGUGUUAGUGCGGAUGGGGGAAAAUGGAGACCUUUCAUUUUCAUUGAAAAUACGAAACAUACCCUGUCUCUUUUGCUUUAACAAUUUUAAUACGUUUUAAUAAUCAAUAAUGAUAAAAAUCAUUAUAUAAUCAAUAAUUAUAAAAGUAUGACAUACAAUAAGUUUAUAUGUUACAGGAAAUAAAGGCAAGCAAUCAGUCAAAUGUGCAGAAUCUGUGUACGUGGUUACAUAAAUUAUUAUAUUAACUUUAAUAUUAAAUGAUUAUAUUAUCUUAGCACUCAAAACACGUUACCUGAGAACAAGUAAUAGAUUUAAAAGACCAAAGAGUCAUAAGAUAGCGACCAGAUGAAUAAAAAAUCAUGUUUAACAACUGUAGUUAACAACUAUAUCCUUGAUGAACUGUUCGACGUGCGCUGCUCUCAUCUGCGGAGGUGUGCUCAAAGCACCCGUUGACUGCCUGGAGCUCAGACGCGCACAUAGGCUGCAGCGCAUGCCAGAGUGUGUGUGUGGUCACGUGAUGUUUUUUCAGCGGUAUAGUGUGAAUGGAGAUCUUUUCAAAAACGCUAGGUAAAAUGCCAGUGUGGAUGUAGAUGUUUUAAUUCUAAAAUGUAUUAUUGUAAACGGGGCCUCAGUAAACAGCGGUGGGUUUGUUGAAUCGAUGACCUUCACGGCCAAUCAGUCAUUUCUGUUGAGCAAGUGAACCCAAUGGCAAAUCAGCACUGUUUAAGAACAUGCUUCACAGCGCACAAAUGUUCUCGAGAAAUGGACGUUUAUAAAAUCUCAGUAUCAGUUUCUAUCAAAUUCCACUAUCGUGUCAACCCUAGUUGAUGGUUGAAGUGAAGCGGUUGUGAUUUGUUGAUUAAUAUGUAAGGAUUUUUGCAGGAGUGGGUGCAGAUUCAGGUUUUGGGUCACAUUUACUACUCGAGUACCCGACAGAAAAAUAAACCUUGAGAACUCAAGCACCAUUUGUAUAUAUGCAACAAAUAGUGUUUUUUCUGCAUGUCCAUGCUUUAAAACAAUUUUUAAAUGUGACUCAAAACCAUUUCCAUUGCCUUUAGAGGGAAAAAAGAAGCACUGAAGUUGCUAUAUGGUGUUACCUCAAAUAGGAACUGUUGGUUACCAAAAACAAACAACAGCAUAUGUACAAGAGCAACAACUUGAUUUAAACACCAAUCCCAAAUUAUAAACCAAAAAUUGUGAGUUGGAUAAUGGAGAAAGCUGAUUUGUUUAUGAGUCUGGAAACUGAGCUUUUAGGCCAUUUUGACUACUUAAGUACCUGAUUGGUCCCUGAAACAAGCAAUGUUUGUAGAUAAGUACCAAACUGGCAUCUUCUCCACAUGAGUUUCAUACUUUUAAGGCCAUGAAUUCAAACUAAUUAUUAUAUAUGUAUUCUUAAUGUGCCUCUAAACCACUUCUCUUUCCAUUGUGUUGCCUUGAGCAGAAAGUCAUCAUGUAUUCAAAUCACUGUAUGGUUUUGCCGCAAAUUGUUACCCUUUCUAACCAAUUGGAGUAUAAACGGCCUUAAAUGUCCGAUACAACCGCUAAAUUUAAGUUGAAGGCUCGUGUGGGGAUAUUACUAAACUUCAGCCAGCAUCAUAUGUUUUGAAGUUCAUGCAUAUAAGUGGAUUGUGAUAAUCAAUAAUGGUUUUGCAAGUACUCAAUAUCUUGCCAGUUCUGCCCUGCUAGCUGAUACACAGCUUUUGAAGGGGUACAGUGUGAAACUGUGUCAAAUUAAUUUUCUCUUUUAUUUGUCUGGGAACAAAUAAAAUAGUGUUUAUAGUACCAUUGGUUGCAAGAAACAAACAUCAACACAUUUCAGAUACAGACGCGCAAUAGAGAUUGACAAUAGCUAUGUUGCCAUUCACCUAUUUUUAUGCACAUUUUGGAUAUGCGCAUUAAAAAAACGGUUGAUGGGAACGCAAAGAUGCAAAUCAGUUUUGACAAUGUGCAUUAAAAAAUGUGUGAGUAGGAUGAACUUUUCAUUCUAUAAGAGAAGAUGCACGUGAACUAUGAUGGAAACACUUUUACUGGACAAAUUCCGGUAUGCACAUUAAAAAAGUUUUAAUUUUGUUUGAAGAGAUCAUGUGAUGAUAAAAAUGUCUGUGAAUGGACAAACCAGCCUUCUGACCACAUUGUAAAACAUUGGAAAUGUUGUUUUGGUCAUUCUAAAACGCCAUAACCAUUUCAGUAUUAGUGUUAUUAUAUUACUAGAAUUGUCAAAAGUGUCUGUGCUCCGCGUCUCACGCCUUCAAACGCCACCACACAUUCAUUGCGUGUCGGCAUACUGUCUUCUGAGGCGCAAGUGAUUUAUCAAAAAAGGAAAAGAUUUACGCAGCUUCUCUACCGCAACAUAUUCUAUUUUUACUUUUGAUAUUUGGUAGCAGUUAAUCAGGAAGAGACGAUUUAGUUCUCUUUGACUUAUUAGAUGGAAAUGCUCCUUUAUUCACAUAUUGUCUUUUAUGUGAUAAUCUAGUUUUGCGUAUACAUUUAAUUUACAUCUUUAGAUGGAAACAUAGCUACUGAUAUAAAACUGAAUACCAAAUUAUGAAACUAAAAAUGGUGAGUCAUUAAGAUAAAGGCAGAUUUUUAUGUGGAUGAACAAAAGAUUAAAGUUUUUGAAGAACAAAAGAUUGAAAUAAAGCUUUUAAUUUUAACUACUUGAAUAAAUCAACCUUUUGUGCGGUUUGUAUAUAUGGACCAAACGUGCAUCUUUACCACAAAAGUGUUGCACUUUUUAAAAUCGUGCAUUUAAAAAAGCACUGCUUAUGUUUCAAUUCAGUUCCCUUGGGCUUCAAGGAACAUGUACUCAAUUUACUGUAUGAUAUUGCGGCAAAUAACCAGCCCCUCUAACAAAUUGUAGUUCAAAAGGCUUCAAAGUCUUUAGAAACAACCACUAAAUUUGGAAAAUUGGGCUCAUUUGUUUGGUAGAAGUGUUUUCAUCAUAGUUUGUGUGCAUUAUUAUUUUCUUAUCAAAUAACAAGUUUAUCUAAUCAGUUAUAAGCUAUACGCAUACAUUUUUUUAUGCACAUUUUCAAAGUGAUGUUUUAUAAAAAAAAAUCGGGAGGAGCACAAUCAGUCUUUGAUGAGGCUAAUUCAUCGCAAUCAUUCAUUAAACCCGAUACCUACUUAAAUCUCAGGGGGGAGCAUUCUGGAGCCGGACUAGACACUGCGCUCCGACCCUAUCUCUCUCUAUCCUGAUAAGGGGAAUAACACGAGUAAGGGUGUUUUCCCGAGCUCAGAGCCCUCUCUCCAGACAGCAGAGUUUGAACUCGUUUAAUUGAUGCGCAUCUUGGCGUAAAUAUGAAUACAUAAACAUUGAUGGAUGAAACAUGGCUAAUGAUUCAAGUUUGAAUUAAAUUUCAAAUUAUAAAACCAAAAAUUGUUACUUGUGAGUAAAAAGACGCCAGAGUGGUCAUGAAUGGUCUUUUUUUUAGAAGAUCUGUGCAAAGGUAGUUAUAAAUAAAGCUUUUGGGCCGUUUUGACUACUUGACAGAUCAGAGAAACUUAAGUACAAAUCACAAAGUAAGCGGUACUUGUUCUGCGUGGGUGUUGCAUAAUUAAAAUGGAAAUUUCACAGAAAGAAUGUUAAAAAGUGGCCCAAUUUGCCACAUACUACUGAAAUUCAGUCAGUGUCAGGUUUUGAAGUUUACACAAUUAUGUUUUCCAAUAUCAUACUUCCAAAAACUGCUCCUUGCGGCUGCUUGAAGUCUCUCUUCUUGUUCUCCUCGUGACCAUGUGGUAAAAUGCAGGUGGUGUAUGAGUGUGUUUGUAGAGUGGGGAUCAGCAUUUACUAAUGAUGUGCUGACAGAGGGCUAGAUUAGGACACAGGGCUGACAUUGACAAAUGUACUAUAAAGUGGGUUAAGUGCCUAUAAAUAAACACAGGUUUGCCUGCAGUGCCAGUGGGCUGUGUCUCACCUUGCUUCACUGGUCAGAGGUUGGCAUGGGUGAAAUGUCCAGUGUAGUGCUCGAAUGCAGUAAUAUGAAUUGUUCUGUAAAGGAAUGUGAAGCGGCGCAUGAGUUUAGUCCGCUUUGUUUAACCCGUUUUGAAUCCAUUUUUCACCAGCUAUGUGUGCAUAUAGUCUUUGGAUAACACAAUGCAAAAAGUUAGUCAAUGUACUGUAUAUGUUUUAGUCAUGCUCACAAUUGUAACCAGUAGGGGAACUUAUGUAUUCUGAUGAAAUAAUAAAGCAAGCUACAGUCUGAA